AGCCAGCUCCGGUCUCUUCUCUCGUCCUCUUCCUUCCCAUAGCCCUUCGUCAAUCACAAAACAAUUUUGCUUCUGACCUACUGCUGCUGCUAUCCGUCAGAAUUGUUACCUCUAUCCGUGACGAACGAUCGAUUCCCCGCCGGUCGCAGUAUGAGAUUGGAAGAGUAAAGACGUAAUUGUUAUUUUUGGCCCUGCCGCUGCUGACGACGCCCGCGCUACGACCUUAUUCCAACGGUACGAUUCUUGUAUAUUAUUGACAAAAUUUUCUUUUCUUCAUUCGAUCUUGAUACUUCUCAUUCCAUCAACCUCGUCAUUUCUCCGUCACACCCACACCAAAAUCCGCCCUGGUUAUGGCACAUUACGAACACCAACGGUCUCCGCAACCCCGAGAUUCGCCCUUUCCGACACCUCUAAUAAACCAAGUCCGCAACGAGUGGCAGACGAAUCCCAAAUACGGACAGAUAAACGCGCUCUCAGUGGACGAAGAACCGCGGUGGAUAGAGAUGAUAAAAGCGCCGAGAUUACGGCGGCAUGUAUUCAUGCUUGUCGCUGUGCUAAUCGCCUGCUGGUUGACCUGGCGAUUCUGGCUGGUACCGCGACUCGCCGAACAAGACGAGCUGCUCAAGGAAUUCAACACGAAUCAUGAAGAGGACGAGCAAUAUGGCGCCAAUGCAUUGCCGCAGUUUACAGACGUGAUACACAUGCAAGAACUCGACAGCCGACUGCUACCACGCGCCGGAUCGAGCGGAGACAGUCGCCGCCUCGUCAUUGUAGGAGAUGUACAUGGUUGUAAGGAAGAACUCGUUGAGCUUCUCAACAAAGUCUCGUUCAAGCAAGCCACCGACCACCUCAUUCUCACCGGUGACAUUGUCGCCAAAGGCCCAGACACACCCGGUGUUGUCCAGCUCGCUCGAGACUUUAAAGCGUCUUGCGUUCGAGGCAAUCACGAAGACCGCCUGCUACUCACAUAUAACGCCAUGAGGAGCGGUCGCAUAGCGCUCAAAGGCCCGGAAGAAGAUCCCAACACGGAAGUCGACGACAUGGAUGAAGAAAGCUUCAACAAGGGCGACUACAAGUAUCGAGCGCUCGUGAAGCAGCUGAGCAAGGAGCAGAUCACGUAUUUGAAGAGCUGCCCUGUGAUUCUCCGCAUCGGUCAACUCAGUGGCAUGGGCGAAGUAGUCGUUGUGCACGCUGGCUUACUCGCCGGCGUGCCUCUUCUCCGACAAGACCCGUUCAACGUGAUGCACAUGAGGACGGUCGACUUGGAGACACACGUUCCUAGCGCCGGCCGCGAAGGCACCCCUUGGGAAAAGCUCUGGAACAAGCACCAAGCAAAAGCCUCGAAGAAGUCCCGAACUACCGUCGUCUACGGGCACGACGCCAAACGCGGGCUCAAUAUCCAGCAGUACAGCAAAGGCCUCGACAGCGCGUGCGUCACCGGCGGACAACUCACCGCGCUUGUCAUCGAGCCCGGCUCAUGGGGCAGCGUUACCCAAACCCUCGUGCACGUCGACUGCCACAAUCGGAAGAACAAGAAGACCAAGUCGAAGAAUGUAAAGAUUGAGGACAUUCUUCCGACUGGAGAUUGACUUUUUUUUCCACUUCUCUUUUUCCUCCCUUUCUCACCCAUUAAUCUUUUUUUUCCUUUUUCCUUUUCUUUUCUUUCUCAGCUUCCAUUUUCAGUAUGGCGACUGAUUCAUGUAAAUUUAUAUUCCAUCCCUUCUUCUUCUCUUUUGUCUAAAGGCGUAUGCUGUUCUUCCCCCGUUGGCGCCGCGUGGCGUUUCUGUGGCGUUUUGCUGUAACUAUCUCUUUUUCUUUUCUUAAACCAGUCUUCCAUUUUUGCUUUUCUUACCUAGGUAAGUACCUAUCCUACGGGGCAGAGCAGUAGUCACAGGUUGCAGGGCGACAAGGUCACCACCGAGCAGGGCAAGCACUGUAACUGUACAC